UAACUACCCCACUGUGCAGAUGAGGAAACUGAGGCUCAGAGAGGCGAGAUAACUUGCCGAAGGUCACCGAGUAGUAAGUGAGGGAGCGAGGUUUGAAAUACAGCUCGCAUGGUCAGUAAAGGCAAAGAUGGGACUGGAAGCGAUGACAAAAAAACAAAGGGGGCUGGAACGAAGAUCGCCACACCCCGGGGAGCAGCCCCUCCAGGCCAGAAAGGCCAGGCCAAUGCCACCAGGAUUCCAGCAAAAACCACACCUUCCCCAAAGACACCACCCAGCACUGGCGAGCCAGCAAAAUCGGGGGAUCGCAGCGGCUACAGCAGCCCCGGCUCCCCGGGCACUCCAGGCAGCCGUUCCCGCACCCCGUCCCUGCCAACCCCGCCCGCCCGGGAGCCCAAGAAGGUGGCAGUGGUCCGUACUCCACCCAAGUCGCCGUCUUCAGCCAAGAGCCGCCUGCAGACCGCCCCCGUGCCCAUGCCGGACCUGAAGAACGUCAGGUCCAAGAUCGGCUCCACCGAGAACCUGAAGCACCAGCCUGGAGGCGGGAAGGUGCAGAUAAUUAAUAAGAAGCUGGAUCUUAGCAACGUCCAGUCCAAGUGUGGCUCAAAGGACAAUAUCAAACACGUCCCGGGAGGCGGCAGUGUGCAAAUAGUCUACAAACCAGUGGACCUGAGCAAGGUGACCUCCAAGUGUGGCUCCUUAGGCAACAUCCAUCAUAAACCAGGAGGUGGCCAGGUGGAAGUAAAAUCUGAGAAGCUGGACUUCAAGGAUCGAGUCCAGUCGAAGAUCGGGUCCCUGGAUAACAUCACCCAUGUCCCUGGUGGAGGGAAUAAAAAGAUUGAAACCCACAAGCUGACCUUCCGCGAGAACGCCAAAGCCAAGACUGACCACGGGGCGGAAAUUGUGUACAAGUCGCCCGUGGUGUCUGGGGACACGUCUCCACGGCACCUCAGCAACGUGUCGUCCACCGGCAGCAUCGACAUGGUAGACUCGCCGCAGCUGGCCACGCUCGCCGACGAGGUGUCCGCCUCCCUGGCCAAGCAGGGUUUGUGAUCAGGCCUGCGGGGCGGUCAGUAAUCGCGGAGAAGAGAGAGUGAGAGAGUGUGGGAAAAAAGAGUAACGCCCCGGCCCUUCGCCCUCCGCCCUCCGCCCUUCGCCCUUCGCCCUCCCCCAGCUGCUCCGCACAGAUCGGUCAUUCAGGUCACCACGGACCUGCUUAGGCUCGGCACUUCGAAAUCAGUGAUGGGGAUAAGAGCAAAUUGCAGCUUUCCAAAUUGAUGGGUGGGCUAAUAAUAAAAUAUUUUUAAAAAACAUUUAAAAACAUG